AAAAAAAAAAUAGAUGCAGAGGAUGUGCUCCUGUUCCAACCUGCGCUUUGUUUUCUCAGUGUUAUAGGUUCCAGCUCCAUUAUUGCCUACGCCAUCUUUCAAAAUGCAGUGCGGUCCCCCGAGGUCCGUCCGCUUUUCUACCUGAGCCUCUCCGACCUCCUCCUGGGCAUGUGCUGGCUCGCUGGGGCGCUCCUCUACAGCACCCCGACCUCCGAGCAGGACCUCGUCUGCUACAACCUGCAAGCGGCAGGACAAAUAUUCUACGUCGCCUCUUUUCUAUACACUGCCAACUACACCUGGCACCUGUACAUGGACCUAAAGAUGAAAUACAACCAGAACCUUUUCAGGAUGCCCCCCCAGGUUGCAGAUUAUGCGAGUUGCAUUGGCCGAAUAGCAACGAUCUCAUCCAGCCUGAUCCCUUUCCUUCUCAUGGUGCCUGUGUUUUGCCUGGGCAACAGCAGUAAUUGCUACCAGAACUUCAGCCAAAAGCACGGAUGUCUCUUGAUGCACACAGAAAUCGCUGUGCCCACCAACGAGCCGCAAACCCUGAGCGGCUCUGUUUGCCGUGCGAUGCAUUUCUACGGCAUCGGGGUCUUCCUCAUUUCCUUUCUGAUCAGCUUCAUAGCCAUUCUGGUUAUACUCAGUCAAGCCCGAGGUUUGUACAAAAGGUUUGUAAACUCCACAGGAUUCCUGGGGGAUCAGCAGUGGGCCAUGAUUAAGAUGGUAGAACAACGAGUGGUUUUUUACCCCAUCGCGUUCUUCUGCUGCUGGGCCCCAGCUGUCCUCCUCGGAAUACUGAAGCUGACUGUUUCAACAAACAGCAAAAUCUACAUGGCUCUUCUUAUUCUACAGGCGCUGACAGCAGCUUCCCACGUCGUGUACGGCUGGACACAGCACGUCUUCCUCUCCCUCAAACGCAACGCCUGCCGGGACGUCGACACUCAGACUCCUCUCUUGCGCUCCCAGAAGAAGUUCUACGCCAGCACGCUCCCCGCCAGCCCGCCGGACGCGGAGGCGUCCACGUCCACCCUGCUCUGA